AGGAGUCUAUUUAUGAAUUAAAUUAUAUUUGCUUGAAGAAUCAAAAGUAAAAGUACUCAUACAAUAUAAGAGCCUGGGAUUUAAAAGAAAACACAAAUAGUUAAUACUGAUGUACUAAUUUGUCUUCCCUCAUGAUUACCAGUUUUAUUUACAACAGUAGCUCACACUGCCGCUCAGUGGUGACAGUGGGUACUGCGUGAUGACGCUCUCACACUGCGCUAGUUACGCAGCCCUACGUGGCGACGUAAACACGUGCAUUUCGCUGCUUCCAGGUUACAGUUUUUUCAUUCCACCGUCAUCCUCGCGCCUCAGCAUCACUCCCUGACAACAGCAGCGAUGGCGGAGCCCGUAGCAUCGGAUGCGGCAGCAGCGACAGCAUCCCCGAGCCCGGGCCUCUCUCCCGCAGCCAGCCCGGGCUCGGAACCUCCAUCCAUGGCUCUCUCUCCCUCGGCGGACGGCUCCCAGCGGCUGCUCUUCUCCCACGACCUGGUCUCCGGGCGGUAUCGCGGCUCAGUCCGUUUUGGCCUCGUACGGAUGAUCCACGGCGAGGAAGAGUUUAACUCAGACUCGGACCUUGACGAUGGUGGAGGGAGACGGGGCGGCGGCGGUGGUGGUGGCGGGGGAGGAGGAGGAGGAGGACGAGCCCCGUGUGGUUCGGACACUGAGAGCGCCGUGGACACCCCGAGUCGGCCUCUCGGCAGGGGAUUUGUCCGUGUCCAGUGGUACCCUGAAGGAGUAAAGCAGGACAUCAGGGAGACAAAGCUGAAACUUGAAGAUCGAUCUAUUGUCAUCAGAGACAUUGUGCGACGAAACAAUUCGAAUGACAACCAGUGUGGUAUAGUGACCAACAUAGACAUAGAGUGUGCAGUGAAACUAGUGGGAACAAACUGUGUCCUGUAUCCAGUUAACAGCAAAGACCUGCAACACAUCUGGUCUUUUAUGUACGGCGACUACAUUGCCUAUGACUUCUGGCUGGGGAAAGUGUACGACCUGACUAAUCAUAUCAUACUCAAGCUCUCCAAUGGGGCCAGGUGCUCCAUGAGUGUGGAAGACGGUGCCAAGCUUUACGACGUCUGCCCACAUGUCAGUGAUUCGGGUCUGUUCUUCGACGAAGCGUAUGGCUUUUACCCAGGCCAGGUCCUGAUUGGUCCGGCCAAAGUCUUCUCUAAUGUACAGUGGCUGUCAGGGGUCAAACCUGUCCUCAGCAGGAAGUGCAAGUUCAGGGUGGUGGUAGAAGAGGUAAAGGUGGUUGAAUUGAAGGUGACGUGGAUCACCAAGAGCUACUCCCCAAAAGGCUCUGAUAGUGUCUAUCCACCUCCCUCCACCAUCACACAGGAGAAUCUUUGCAGGGUGAGACGUCUGGGCUACUACGACCACACCCAGAGGCAACUGGGAGAGAGGGCCCUUUAUGUCUUUCCUGCCAAGGGGGACGCUACACGCAUCACCUGUGAAGGACCUGAGGGUGCAGCUGUCCUUCCAGAAGACCCCGUGGCCAGAAAGUUGAAAAGGAUGUUCAAGAAGGAUUCGGGGAAGAAGACGGAGAACGCUGACACACAAGGUGAACACAAAUCAGAGCCGACAGACUCGUCUCAUUCCAACAACAACGGCCCCGUGGUGCCCGUCCAGAACCCCCCGGAGCCCCAGAACACCAACGACACCUCGGCUGAACACGGCGAGCAGGACGCUGACGAUGAGGCUGCAGAAGACACUGACGACACCAGCUCUCUGACAUCAUCUGCGAGCUCCACGGCCUCCUCUCAGAGCGGUGGCCUGGGGACAAACCGUAAGAAGAGCAUCCCGCUCUCCAUCCGCAACCUGAAGAGGAAGCACAAGAAGAAGAGGACCAAGUUCUCCCGCGAGUUCAAGCCUGGAGACCGGGUGGCAGUGGAAGUUGUAUCCACAAAGACCAUGGCUGAUGUGAUGUGGAAGGACGGGCGGGCGGAGAAGGGGAUCCGAUCAAACGACCUCAUCCCCAUUCAGCACCUCGACAGCCACGAGUUUUGUCCCGGGGACUUCGUAGUAGACAAAAGACCCCAAGCCCUCCAGGACCCAGGAGUGUACGGUGUGAUCCAGUCUGGUGAUCACAAGGGCAGAACGUGUGUCGUCAAGUGGAUCAAACUGAACUCCACGAGCGACGAUGUGGAGGUUAUCGGCAUGGAGGAGGAUGUCAGUGUGUACGACAUUGCAGAUCACCCAGAUUUUCACUUCCGCACCACCGACAUUGUCAUCAGAAUAUGGAACUCAGAGAACGGACAGAACGACUGCGAAAAUGAGACGUCAGUAGGCCAGGUGUCCAGGGUGGAUGUGAGCAGCAAAGUGGAGGUGGUGUGGGCAGACAACUCUAUGACCAUCGUCCUGCCACAGCACCUCUACAAUGUUGAGUCUGAGAUUGAGGAGACGGACUACGACUCUGUAGAGGAGACCAGCAGCGUCCUGUCCACCGAGGAGUGGGAGGACGAGAGCGACAGCUGGGAGACUGAUAACGGCCUCACCACUGAGGAUGAUAGCCACGUCAAUAAUACAGAUGUCACCGACACAGCGACCCCGACCCCAGUGCCCACUGGCUCCACAACCUUCAUCAUCCCCCCACAGGAGGGCAGCAAAGCCGGGAUCACCAGCCCCACUAAAGGAGUCCCUGGAGAGGAGGGAGAAGCAUCUGUGGCCGUGGCCAGUCCUGUUUCUGGAGGAGGAACCACACCAGGAGGAGCAGUCAACGGAGCGGAGAAGCCCAGUAAAGAUGGUGCCUCUCGGGGCUUCAGGGAGUUGAAAGAGGCCUUGAAGAUCCUGGAGAGCCUGAAGAACAUGACUGUGGAGCAGCUGUGGACCGGCGGCUCUCCAACCUCCCCGACUUCUGCUGAACCGGCCUCCACAGCUAAUGUAGCAAGCUCGGUGACGCCUACAGCCACUGAGAAACCCACCAAGGAGAAACGCUUCCUGGACGACAUCAAGAAGCUGCAGGAGAACCUGAGAAAGACGCUGGAUAACGUGGCCAUUGUGGAGGAGGAGAAGAUGGAGGCCGUGGUGGAGGCAGGGGGGAGUGGAGGAGCAGGGACAGAGGCCGAGAGAGCUGGAGAGGAAAAGCCACAACAGGAGCCCCAGACACCAGUUGGUGGACAAGAGUGGCCCAGUGAGUUUCUCAGUGACACACCGGUACUGUGCCAACAGAGUGGUGGCAAGCCUGGCGUCACCUUCACCAGUGCCAAGGGAGAGGUGUUCUCUGUGCUGGAGUGGGCACCAGACACUCACUCAUUCAAGAAGAUGGAGUUUCAGCCGGCAGAGGCAAAGAAGUUCUUCAGCACAGUGAGGAAAGAAAUGGCUCUGCUAGCAACAUCACUGCCAGACGGCAUCAUGGUCAAAACGUUUGAAGAUCGCAUGGACCUGUUCUCAGCUCUGAUCAAAGGGCCGACUCGCACCCCCUAUGAGGACGGUCUGUUCCUGUUUGACAUCCAGCUGCCCAACAUUUACCCCGCUGUGCCGCCGCUGUUCCGCUACCUGUCGCAGUGCAGCGGCCGCCUCAAUCCCAACCUCUACGACAACGGCAAAGUCUGCGUCAGUCUACUGGGAACCUGGAUUGGCAAGGGCACUGAGAGGUGGACCAGCAAGUCCAGUCUGCUGCAAGUCCUCAUCUCCAUACAAGGCCUUAUCCUCGUCAAUGAGCCUUACUAUAACGAGGCGGGCUUCGACAGUGACCGAGGCCUUCAGGAAGGAUAUGAGAACAGCCGCUGUUACAAUGAGAUGGCCCUGAUCAAGAUGGUCCAGUCUAUGACACAGCUUCUGCAGAAUCCUGUGGAGGUCUUCAAACAGGAGAUCCAGGAGCACUUUAUCUCUAACGGCUGGCGGCUCGUCCACCGCCUGGAGGCGUGGCUCGAGCUGAACGACGCCGCAGAGAGGGGCCAGGCAGCACACAUGUCCUGCAGGGCUUCACACUCGAAAGACCGACCUUCAUCGGUAGAGCCUCUGGACGAGCAGCUGCCCCUGGGAUCGGGGCCUGUGGCGGUGGCCCACAGCAGCCCCAGUAAGCCAGGGGAGGAGGGGGUCACGGGAGCAGGAGUUACCAGUAUUAUGGAGGAGGAGCUGGAGGAUUCAGGGCUGAGUCCCUCCACGACAGCGGCCUCUCAGCAGGAGCUGAGCCAGAACUCAGACUUUGACAGCAGCCAGGGGAAUGCCUCUCUGAGUGGUGAAAACAGGGCUGGCUCCACAGUCCCUGGUUCUGUAGUCCGUGGCGGGACAUCAGAAUCAGGUUCUGCCAUGGUUAGUGGAGGAGGGGUGGGCUCCACAGCAAGCCAGCCAGCAGUGCGACCAAAGAAACGGAGAAAGAGCUACCGGAGUUUCCUCCCAGAGGGCAGUGGCUACCCGGACAUCGGCUUUCCGCUCUUCCCGCUCUCUAAGGGGUUUGUGAAGAGUGUCCGAGGCGUGCUGCUGCAGUACCGAGCUGCACUGGCCGCCGCUGGCAUCCCUGAGCACACAGAGGACAAUGUCCCUGCAGAUGAGUGUGAUGAAUAAAGAGGGGUGGAGCUCAUCUCAACAAACCUACAGGAGCUGCCCCGUCACGUAGAAACCACCCUCAUCUUUUCAUGGACGCAGGUAAAAACACAGAGCUUUUACCAGAGGCAGUCAAGAGUUUCUCUCUCAGCCUCAGCAGGACUUUGACUUCAGUGACGGUGGUGAUGAAAAAUCAGUGCCAUGAACCCUCUUCCACCGUACUUAUCCACCUAUCCUCCAGCAAGCUUCGACCAUAUGUGGGGAGGGCGGGGGGGUGUUAUUUGCCAGAAAACCACUCUGCCAUCUCAAUCAGCCUGAAAAAUGGAAAGCAAGACUGGCGAUCGACUGGGGUUCCAUUGAAAAACUGCAAAUCCCAGCUCUCCUGGCUGCGGCUAUCUGUAGCACUACUGAUAUUAUCGCUGUACCAUCCUGCACUACAACAAACGAAUGGACAAUCUGGUCUGGGAGAGGUGACGUAUAAAUACACUGACCAGGAAGAUUCUUUUUUUUUUUUUUUUUUUUUAAGUAUAAGUCACUGGUUGUACGCUUUCUGCCAAAUUUCUCUCUAUUCACACUCACACACACACACACACACACACACACACACACACACACACACAAAUAUUCACGUAGAACUUACUGAAUGUCAUUAAAACUGCCAACCACAACAGCUCCACCACUUCGUCCACUAUACUUGCUGGCACUGAACCACGCAGCGAACAUCGAGUGACAAAGUUUACAUACGAAUCACCUCUGGAGGGGAUCAGACUCCUGUAGCUGUUUGGUGUGUAGAGAAGCCAGCCAGGCACAGGACGACAGUUAGGUGGCUGUAUGUGAAGGAGUUUGCGCUCUAGUCAAAGCUUAACACAGCUGCCGCCUCCACAUACAAAAGUUCCAUUCACUUUCUGUAGAAUUUAGCAAAUUUGAUCACUAAAAUGGAACUUGUGCUUCGGCGUUUCGAUGUGUUUAAGGUUGUUACACUCACAGAGGCUGAGCUGAUUCAGAGCGGAGCUUUACCCACGAUGCUCCUCUUCUCUGUGACAGAGGUGAUCCCACAUCACUGCAAAUGACACAAUUUAAAGAACAAAUAGAGAAAAAAAAAAACCUACAGCAUCCAUUCCGUCAUCUCAUGUCAACAUGUUGCCUUACUUGAAUUGUUCUUAAUGAUCUCAGACCAUUGUGUACAGAGCUGCUUGUGUCGUGCUUUAGACAUUAACACAGACAUAGACUCACACGAAAAACCACUAAAAUCCCCAUUCCAGUGUUUUCCUCCUUAAAAGUGCAGAUCUCUGAUCAGUUUCCCCCUUUUAUCAGUUCUUAAACAUGAGCCUCUCAAACUGCGGCCGUUGCUGUAUUCCCAUUUUCAUCCCCAAAUUGCUCGUGCAGAGUUUAAUGACAUCAGAGAACAAACUGCAGUAAGUGUGACGCUGAAGGUUUGUUGAUAUUAUAAUUAAUCUGCUUAUUAUUUUGUUAUUCCAUGUUUUCCUGACUUGAGCGUCUUGUCCUCACGAAGGCGACUGUUGACCCCACUGACGAGAGAAGAUAACACAGGCAGGCAGAACUUCAGCUGACCUGACUGUUGUCUGUGAUCUUCUUUUCUCUUUCUGUAUUACGUACAUUAGAUCUGGAUGAAAAAGAAUGAGGGUUUUAUUUGAGUUAACACUUUUCCGCAAAUUGUGCUGCAAUUUACUGUGAAACAAAGUGAAACUCACCUUUGGGUCCAAUCGUGCUUCCUGGGGAAAUCAGAACAGUCUUUGUUUACAUCUAUUUAAAUAACUGCAUCCCACCUCUAACAUAAUGUUCCUUUUUUUAAGGUAUAAAAAUAAUAAUUCUUAUUGUGAUUAUUAUUAUUAUUAUUAUAACACAGGUCAGACAAACCCCUUGUGCUUGCUAUAAUCUGUGAAAUAAACAGGACUUGGCUGUCUGGUAUUUUACUUGAACAAAGAAACUUGAUGCUGAGGAGUUUUUCUGAAUGAGAGAAACUAUGAGUGAUGGGAGAGGAUAAAAACCAUGAGCCAAGAGUUUUGCUGCGUUUAAAAAGGAAAAAAAGAAAAAAAUCAGGUCAUAAAUGAGGGUUAUUCUGUUUUGCUUUGUCUUCCUUUUUUUUUUCUCCUUUCUACUCUUCAAACCUGUAUUCCUGAUGUGGCGAUCAGGCAUCCGCGACAGUUUGUCCCCUUCCACGAUUUUACUUCACCGUCAUCAUUAUUUCGCUGCCUUCAGUGCUAGAGAGGGAGGAUGUGUUGUCUUCUUCACUGGCUGCUGUAGCAUGUAGCCUCAUUAGCUUUUCCAUCUCCUUUUCCCCACCCCAACACACACACGCUGCUGUUUGUAAAAUGUCACCUUCACAGCUCUUGGAGGAGAGUGUUUUCUGUGGUCAGAGCUCCUGACCUGAAGACGGCCUGAAAAAUAAGAGCCGUGGUCAUGGUCUUUUGGAAACGUUAAAUGCACAGCUCCACCAAGAGUUUAGAGGUGACAUUAUUGCUCAGUCCUCCUCCAUCUUUCUCGUUUUGUCAACAGUCGCAGAAACAGAACAUGUGAAGCUAUCUCGCUAGAUCUCGAAGCAAAAAUCAGGCAGGAUAUCAACCACAUGAUGCUAUGUACAAUUUUCUGUGUAUAUUAUUCAGAUUUAAACCAUUAUUAUUAUUAUAAUUAUUAUUAUUAUUAUCAUUAUUAUUAUUAUUACUACUGCGAGAAGUUUGUUUUACAGCCAAAGCAUGUAACAUGUUGCUUUAAGCCUUUUGAAUGGGCUACACACAAGACUUGACUGUACGAUGUCUACGUUUCCACAGUGGCCUGUUAUUGAGAUAUUAAAAAAAAAAAAUGAACUAAUAAAGUUAUGAUUUGUAGCCUGACUCCCUCUGUACAUACAUCAUGACUAUAUAGAAAUAUAUAAAUACAUACAGUAUAUAUUUAACACAUACUUGAGUUCUAACAAGUCACGUGGAUGCUUGGGGCAUAUAUGUACAAAAUGCUGAGUGUGUAUUGUACUUAUGAUUUUUUCAUUUUUUAAUGGUUUAACUUUUUUGUUGCGUUAAGACAACUGUAUAGUGAUGUAUUAAACUUUGCAAGCAGUA